AUGAAAUCCCGCAGCAGAAUUGAGAUUGGAAUCUACGGGACGGAGAUCAGCUCGAUGGUGAACCUAGGCUUAUCCAGGGUGGACGAUGAAGUGGCGGCUAGGCACCCGGGUUUAUCAGGAUAUGCAGCAUGUCAGUCACAAGCCUUCAUGAAGGGGGUGGCCACUUUUGUCACAGGUACUGUCACAGCAAUGAUAAUCCAGAGUGCUUUGAAGAGGAGACUUCCAUACCCUAUGAAAUGGAAUAUACUGGUGUCUGUAGUUGCAGGUUCUGUCGCCAGCUAUUCAGUGACUAGAAGAGAGACGGAAAAAUGUUCCAAAUUGUGGAUUUAUCUUGAGAAAGGUCCUCAGCCGCAAUUGAAUAACACAGAUUACCAGCAGACUACAGAAUCGGAAUGA